GCUGAAAUAUUUGGUAAAGUACUUCAGAGUGAGGAAUAUGAAGAAGUAGAGGACAAAACAGUUAUGGCCAUGGGCAUCUUGCACACAAUUGACACUAUCCUGACAGUUGUGGAAGACCACAAGGAGAUAACUCAACAGCUGGAGAGCAUUUGUUUGCAGAUCAUUGGCCUUGUUUUGCAGAAACACGUUAUAGAGUUUUAUGAAGAAAUUCUCUCCUUGGCAUACAGCUUGACGUGCCAGAUGAUUUCACCCCAAAUGUGGCAGCUCUUAGGUGUUUUAUAUGAGGUUUUCCAGCAGGAUUGCUUUGAAUAUUUUGCAGAUAUGAUGCCUCUGUUGCAUAAUUAUGUCACCAUUGACACAGAUACUUUACUGUCUAACCCAAAGAAUUUAGAAAUCAUUUACACUAUGUGUAAAAAGGUAUUGACAGGAGAUGCAGGAGAAGAUGCAGAGUGCCAUGCUGCCAAACUCCUGGAAGUGAUUGUUCUUCAGUGCAAAGGACGGGGUAUUGACCAGUGUAUCCCACUCUUCGUGGAGGCCGUUCUGGAACGGUUAACAAGAGGAGUUAAGACAAGCGAGCUUCGCACCAUGUGUCUUCAGGUUGCCAUAGCUGCACUUUACUACAAUCCUGACCUACUUCUACACACCUUGGAGAACAUCAGAUUUCCACACAACCCUGAGCCCAUCACUGCACAGUUCAUAAACCAGUGGAUGAAUGACACAGACUGUUUUCUUGGGCAAGUAUUGUGGUUUUAUUUUUCAAAGUCCGUGUUUUUGAUUUUUUUGUUCACUUCUGGCUUGUAUUCCUAGUUAUCCU